CACAAAUCGUGGUGGACAAUUAAAAUGGACUCAUCAUCAUCGUCGUUAAUCCCCGGCUUAACGGACGACGCGGCGGAGCUCUGCCUCUCACGAGCCCCACGCUGUAACUUCCGUACCAUUUCUCAGGUCUGCAAACGAUGGAAAACAUUCCUCAGGAGCGAGCAUUUCGCAUCCGUACGAGAGUUGACCGGAACGGUGGAGGAGUUCAUGUGCGUUCUGAUGGAAAGCGAGUGCGGAAGAGACGUCUACUGGGAAGUCUUCGACGCCUCCGGUAACAAACUUGGACAGAUCCCUCCCGUCCCUGGUCCUUUGAAACGCGGUUUUGGAGUCGCGGUGCUCGGCGGUGGGAAGAUCGUGUUCAUCGGUGGUUAUACGGAGGUUGAAGGAUCUUCUUCGAUUAAUAGCACUAUUGUCUCUGCUUCUGCUGAUGUGUAUGAGUUUGAUCCUGCGUCUAACAGGUGGAGAAAACUGGCGGAUAUGAACAUACCACGUUACAACUUUGCAUUUGCUGUAGUGAACGGACUUUUGUAUGUGAUCAGAGGCUAUUCCACAGACGCUUAUAGUCUUUCUAACUCGGAAGUUUACAACCCGGAAACUAACCAAUGGAGUCUAAUGGAUUGUCCAAACCGCCCGGUUUGGCGUGGCAUCGCUUUCUCCUUCAAGUCCAAACUCUAUGCUGUAGGGAAUGGAUCUAGGUUCAUUGACAUAUAUGACCCCAAAACGGAGACAUGGGAAGAGUUAGACUCGGAGCAAUCAAUCUCUGUGUAUUCAUACACUGUUGUGAGGAACAAAGUGUAUUUUAUGGACAGGAACAUGCCGGGGCGUCUGGGAGUGUUUGAUCCAGAGGAGAAUUGUUGGAGCUCUGUGGGUGUGCCUCCGAGAGCGGGUGGUUUCUGGUUCAGACUAGGGGAAUGGAACAGUAAGGUUCUGUUGUUUUCACGGGUUUGUGGACAUGAGACUUUGAUGUAUGACCUUGAUAAAGAGGAUGGGUCCAAGUGGAGAGUCUGUGAUCAGAUUAAACCAUCUGCUUCUCACUUGACCAGCGUUCUCAUCAGCUUCUGACUUCAUUCUUUUGUAAAGUGUGUGUAACGUUUUGGAUCUGUGAGUUUUGUGUGUUUGCCCCAAAAUUCAACCAAUUCUUCAACUGUGUGUGUGUGUGUAAUGUUUUGGGGGCUGUGAGCAUUUGUUUGGCCCUCAACUUUGUUAAUGAUUCCUAUAUUUGUUUGUGGUUUGUAUAAACUUGUUUUAAUAUAUUUUCACGAUUGGUUUGUAUACUACUAAACUGGUUCUAUAUCUUUUAAUGCUUUUUUUUUUUCUUUUUGGUGAUAUUAUAGCAGCUAAUGUAUAAG